AUGGUGGGCACCACAGCCACGGACGUGCCCCCCACCAUGGGGGUCAAGAUCUUCUCAGCUGGAGUGGCGGCCUGCCUGGCGGAUGUGAUCACCUUUCCGCUGGACACAGCAAAAGUCCGCCUACAGAUCCAAGGCGAGUGUCAGACCACCAGCGGCAUCAGGUACAAAGGUGUUCUGGGUACCAUCACCACACUGGCAAAAACGGAAGGGCCGCUGAAGCUCUACAGCGGGCUGCCUGCCGGCCUCCAGAGACAGAUCAGCUUCGCCUCGCUCAGGAUUGGCCUCUACGACACAGUGCAGGAGUUCUGGGGAGGGGAGGAAGUUGACAAUUCUAGCCAGUUAAGCAAGAUCUGUGCUGGUCUAACGACUGGAGGAGUGGCCGUGUUCAUCGGGCAACCCACAGAGGUUGUGAAAGUCCGACUCCAGGCGCAGAGCCACCUGCAUGGUCUCAAACCUCGCUACACGGGGACUUACAAUGCUUACAGAAUUAUAGCCACAACUGAGAGCUUGUCCACUCUGUGGAAAGGGACUACUCCUAAUCUGUUAAGGAAUAUUAUCAUUAAUUGUACAGAGCUCGUAACCUACGACCUAAUGAAGGGGGCCCUUGUGAGAAAUGACAUACUAGCAGAUGAUGUUCCCUGCCACUUGCUGUCGGCGCUUAUUGCUGGAUUUUGCACAACGCUUCUGUCCUCUCCAGUGGAUGUGGUGAAAACCAGAUUUAUUAACUCUCCCCAAGGCCAGUACACAAGUGUGCCCAGCUGUGCAAUGUCAAUGUUAACUAAGGAAGGACCGACUGCUUUUUUCAAAGGAUUUGCACCUUCCUUUCUGCGACUCGCCUCGUGGAAUGUCAUCAUGUUUGUGAGCUUUGAAAAGCUGAAGCGUGAACUGAUGAAGUCCAGGCAGACGGUGGACUGUGCCACAUAAUAAGCUACAAGGAAAUGAUACUACCUACCCGUGGGGGAUCUUUGCUGCCCAGGUCAUCAAGAAAUAAAACACUGUCUGCUGUACUUUACCCUAAAAACUUCAGCAACUUUAGUACUGAGUUUUGGACCUUUUUAAAGAGAAAGAUCAAGACCUAACUAGUAUACUUUUAUUAUUAGUGCCUUAAGGGGGAGAACACAAAACACACACCCUGGCACAUGUAUAACCCAGAUAAGUGGCAGCACUUGAUCAGCCAUGUUGGGGGUGGAAUGGUAUAACUAAAUAUGAAGAACAUUUAUAUAUUUUAUUUCAAACUGAUGAUAAAGGAAAACUUGAGUGAAAUGCAUUUCAUGAACACUUUCAAGUGAAGUUAUAAAAAAUUAGUUUCUAUAUUUAUUAACCACAUUUGCCAACUACUAUAUUCAAUAAAGUACUGCUAAUACCUUCUAAAGUUUGUCUUUUGGAAUCUCUACCUGGAUGAAAGAGUCAAGUUCACCCAGAAU